AUGGCGGUGGCGAUUGCCACAGUGUUCGACCUUCCGGAGGAGACUUUUGCGCGGUGCACUCCCCUCGAUGCGGGGCCCUCCACGGGAGUCCAGCUCACUCUGGAGAGGCUGGAGGCAUUGGAGAUAGCAGAUCGCCGAACAGAUGCCGACGCCUCCGGCCUGACCUGCACCUCCUGUGGCCUGGGCAGGGCACAGGAGCCGGCCUUCCCAUCUGUGGAGUCCCAGCGGGAGCACUUCAGAGGGGACUGGCACCGCUUCAACCUGAAGCGCCGCCUGGCGUCCCUUCCCGCCUGCUCCGAGGCCGAUUUCGAGGCCCUGGUGGCACAGAGGGACGGCGCCGAGGUGGGCAGCUUGUCCGGCAGCGAGAGCAGUGACGACGAAGAUCACAAUGGCGGCGGGGAGGGCAAGGCACCAGACAGGGCGGACGGAGGUCCCAGCGCCAUCACGUCUGGAGCGCGCGGGCCCUACACCUGCUUCUGGGACCCGGGGGAGGAAGAGACGCUGGGUGUCUGGCGCAGCAUUGUCGGCGGGGCCAGGGAUGCGGCCCCCAGCGAGGAGGCGGCCUGGAGCACGCUGCGCACGCUGCGGACAAAGGGCGCCACCUGGGCAGUCAUCAUGCUGCGAGGCGGGCAUUUUGCGGCCUCGGUGCUCAGGCUGGUCCCCGCUCGCAUCGCCGACAAGCGGAUUGCGGACAAGUUUGACGUCGUGGGCAACACCUCGGCUCACCGCUACGUCACAAGGGCAAAGGCGGGCGGGAAGCAGUCGACCCAGGAUGCGACGGGCAAAUUUGCCAAGUCUGCCGGGUCGAGGCUGCGGCGGUACAAUGAGGCCGCCCUGGCAGAGGACGUGAAGAGCGCCCUCACCUCCUGGACGGCCUUGCUGGGCCAGUGUGAUCUCAUCCAUGUGCAAGCGCCAGGGUCAAACUGGAAGGACCUGAUGACGGCUGCACCGGCAGUGCUGAGCCCCAGCGACCCCAGGCUGAGGACCGUGCCUUUCACCACCCGGCGGCCGACGUUCUCCGAGAACAAGCGUGUCGCCAGGAUCCUCAUCUCAGUCUAUCGCAUGCCUGCCACCGGUCAGCCCAGCCAGCCUUCAGUUGAGGCGCCGGGGGGGGAAGCGGUGCGAGGAAAGCAGUCCGAGGCUGGGCCUGGAUCGCAGCCCGGUGCACCCCGCCCUGGAGUGUCAGCUGAGGUCAUCAGUGCAGCUGACCAGGGCCCUGCAGAACCUGAGGCGCCCAAGGGCCUGUCCAAGAAACAGAAGGCAAAGGCGCGGGCCGCGCGCAGUAAAGCCGCAGCCAAGGAGCAGGCAGCGAUGGGGGGUGAGUCCCAAGAAGAGGAGCCCGCGCCCAAAUCCUCCGAGCCUGUUGCGGACGAGGGUGACGUCCUAAGCCGAGCGGCGGCCCUGGCAGCCGCCACCGCCAGCGCAGCGCGCAAGGGGGCCGCCACUCCGGCGCGAAGCGGCCGACCUGCCACCCAGGCAAGGAGGGCCGAUGGUGGGAAGAAAGGAGGGAAGGUCAGCGCAGAGGACAUUGCGGCUCGGCGCGUGCGGCUGGCCGCCGCCGCCGAGGCACGCAUGGCGGCCCUGGCUUCCGCUUCGGCUGCACAGAAGCUGUGGUGA